CCACAAACAUUAUUAGUACUUGACUUCGGUGGGACAAUGGAUGAAUGCAUGAAUGUGCUGGUCGGUGACGUGAAAACAAAAGUCGUCGUAUCAAACUAAGUACAAUCGUGCAAGGGGACUCGAUUUAAUGUUUUUGUCGUCCUGGAGGGGAAAAAUCGUUUUCGAAUCGUGCAUACAACAUGGCUGUUGUGCUACUCGUACUCGCUCACCGUGCUAGAGCUAGAUCGUCGAACGCUUCCUCGUCCGGAGGUGUGGCUUGUGGUUCGUUGCAACUUGAAUCAAAUUUCGAUUCGACCAGCGAAAUCUGUCCCCCAUUUUCGCUUUUUUUGCACGUCUUUUUGUCUCCCUGCAUAGCUUUAUUUUUUUUCUGACCCCCAAGCGCUCCGGACGACAGUAACCAAUCGCGCUGCAAUUUCUUUGUCGUACCGGAAGCGAAGAAACAAGUUCACAUUAUCCCUUUCUUUUUACUAAUUCGUUCAAAAACAUUUGAAUUCAAGAUGCGGUCUUUCUUCAUUCACUGUUUUAUCGCCCUUUUCGGCACCCAGAGUGUUGCCUAUGGGACCAGAGUGCAUGUUGUGACCCCGACCUCGGAAAAGUCCACGCCCCAGGAACCUAAUGGCGCACAGGGUUCGGGGGGAGUUACCGACAAAAGCACUCCACAGGUAAUAUUACAUUGAUUUGUUAUGGCCCUCGUCUGUUCUUAUUGGCGCUUUUUCCAUAUGCAAGAAAAAGUUAAUUAUCUUGGCCGGCGCGCCUUAAACGGACGGUUUUAAUUCUUUGAAUUUUACCGACACCGAAUGAAUAUCCAUAUUCCACUGUUUCUUCCUCUAUCUUUCCCAAUAUUCUGAAAAUAACUCACAGGAGAACGACGGCGGCAGCGCCCCUUCGGGACUCGGGUGGGGUCGGUCCGUGGGUAAGUUGCCGGGCUACGCCGCCACCACGGUCGGCGUGAUGGUUUUACUUGGUUUGUUGUACUCCGCCGCGAUUUGGUGGCUGUACGUGAUGAAGGUGGAAAUUGUCCCCAAGGAAAAGGACCGGAUGAACCAGGAGAAUUCCGCCCGGCGCGAGCACGACCCGGAUUUAGAUGCGGACGAGACCAUAUCAAAUGCAAGUAUGUCUGGGUCUGGAAGAGCACAACUUUGUCAUGCACAUUUUCCAUGAUGAUGAUCCAUGAUGUCUGUGAUGUAUGCCAUAGCAUCCCAGAUUUUUUGAGCGCUUAUCUAUGCGCAUCCAGCAUGACAAUUUGAAUCCUCUUGCUGGUCAUACAAUACAGGUUUUCUUAGCAUCCAGAUGCAGCAUCACAAGUUUGGCUUUUCCAGACCCAGACAUUUUUGCAUUUGAUAGACCACGCUGAUCCAACCCGAGGAAGACGUGGACGACUACAAGAAAAUGACGGACCAGAUGAUCAUGGUGGCCUCGGCCAUCCAGGACGGCGCGCACGCGUUCAUGAAGGCGGAGACGCUGGUGAUGCUGCCCUUCCUCGCGCUGGCCGCCAUCCUGAUCGGCGUCGGGCUCCGGUCCGGACCGACGGUGCUGGCUUUUAUCAUGGGGUCCGGCACCUCCAUCGCGGCGGCCUACCUGGGAAUGAUGAUCGCCUCCAAGGCCAACGUGCGCACCUGCUACCAGUGCUGGUCUUCGCUGCACGAGGGCUUCGACAUGGCGUUGCUCUCCGGGUCGGUCAUGGGUUUUCUCCUUACCAGCAUGGGCGUGGGCGCCUUUCUGAUCACCUGGCUGCUGCUCGACGUCAUCCUCAGCCGCUCGGCCGCCUCCGAGCCCCACGCGGACCUGGCGCACGCCUUGUGCGGGUUCGGCUUGGGCGCCAGUCUCGUGGCUUUAUUCGCAAGGGUGGGCGGCGGAAUCUACACCAAGGCGGCCGACGUAGGCGCGGACUUGAGCGGUACUUGAUACACCAGUGGUCUUGUUUCAGAUGCAGUUCUCCAUUCAGUUCACCCCUUGUUGUCCCUACGCUUAGUGAAGAUCCUUUUUGAUAUGUGCUGCUCGUAUAUGAUCCUUAAGCAUACAGCAAUGCAAGUUAGUAGUAGAUGAAAAAGCAGGACGAGUGAAUGUGAAACUACUGAAACUACAAAUGACUGCUCUAAUCCGAAAGCCGUCGUGCUGCGUUUCGGCCCUGCAACCUCCGUAACAUUCAAGUGUUUAUUCCAAAAAAAAAAACUCAAAAAAAAUUAGGUAAAAACGAGUACGGCAUGGACGAGGACGAUCCGCGCAACCCUGCCUGUAUUGCGGACAACGUGGGCGACAACGUCGGUGACAUUGCCGGUAUGGGUGCGGACUUGUUCGGGAGUUUUGCCGAGAGCAGCGCCGCCGCCUGCUACAUCUGGUACAAGUUCGCGACCAACGUGUCCGGCGCCGCGGAGAACACUCUGUUUGUCGGUGACGUGUCCGCCUCGCUGUACCCUUUGCUGGUUUCCGCGAGCGGAAUCCUCGCCGGGCUUCUCACCAUCGGCGUGAACUUUUUGCUGCCGAAGGUCACCAAGUUCGAGAUGGUGGAGCCCCGACUCAAGUGGUUGCUGCUGAUCGCCACCGGGUUCGAGGUUGUUUUCGUCUUCGUCGUGGGGCACACCGCGCUCCCGGCGCAGUUCUUGAUCCGGAAACAGGGGUCCGAGCCGGUCCCGACCACCGACCUCCAGAUCUCCGGCUGCGUCAUCAUUGGCUUGAUCAGCGGCUUUUUGAUCGGCUUGAUCACGGAAUACUACACCUCGCACAGCUAUCACCCAGUCCGCGAAACCGCGGCCGCUUACCAACAGUACAAAUUCUAUAGCUUUGUCGUUUCUAAUUCUAGUACUAACAUUUCUCCAUCGGAUAAGAGUGUCGAGCUGAGGGGCAAGUUGUGCCUUACGACAACAGGAAUGAAUAAUUAAGAAAGCUUCUAGCUUAAUAUUUUUACCCACGAGCAUGCCACAGCCUGUUGUUGUUUGCCUCUGCAAGGCUGACAAAGCACGCGAAAACUAAAAGUACCAUGAAACCACUCCAGGUCCGCUUCCACCGGUUUGAUUCUGGGCACUGCGCUGGGUAUGAAGUCUACUGCCGUACCCGUGCUGCUGAUCGCCGGCACCAUCGUCGGCAGUCUUCUGAUGGCCGGCCCCUUCGGCAUUGCGAUGGCCGGUCUGGGGAUGCUUUCCACCCUGUCUAUCGGUUUGACCAUUGACGCAUACGGCCCGAUCGCGGACAACGCCGGCGGCAUCGCGGAGAUGAGCGGGCUGGGGAACCACGUCCGGCAGCGCACCGACUGCCUGGACGCGGCGGGCAACACCACCGCGGCCAUCGGUAAGGGCUUCGCCGUGGGCUCGGCCGCGCUGGUCGGCAUGGCGCUGUUCUUCGCGUUUUUGCUUGCGGCCCACGAGGGCGACACCAAGGAUUUCCGUUUGGAGGUGCUGAACCAGUUCGUGUUGCUUGGUCUCUUCCUCGGCAGCAUGCUCCCCUUCAUCUUUGGCGCAUUACUGAUGACCAGCGUGGCGCACGCGGCCCAGGAGAUGCUGGCCGAGUGCCUGGAGCAGUUUCCGAAGAUUGUGAACGAGGGCGCCGCCCCGGACUACGAGCGCUGCAUCACGAUCAGCACGCGCGCCUCGUUGAAGGAGAUGAUCGUGCCGGCACUGAUGGUGGUAUUUUCCCCUCUGAUCGGGGGCCUGAUGUUCGGCACCAACUUCACCUGCGGGCUGUUGAUGGGGGUGCUUUUGACCGCGUUGUUACUCGCGGUGUCCAUGUCCAACAGUGGAGGGGCGUACGACAACGCGAAGAAGUACAUCGAGGCGGGUGGCAUCGGCCCGGGUCGCAUGAAGGGUUCCCAGACGCACAAGAACGCCGUGGUGGGCGACACCCUGGGGGAUCCGUUGAAGGACACCAGUGGCCCGGCGCUCAACAUCUUCAUGAAGCUAUCAAAAGGAAAAAUCCCCCCUCCCCAUAUCGAAAACGAAAUUUGUGAUGCUGUAUUUGAGUACACAAAUCGACUUGUAAUCCUAGAAGACCAAGAGACGCAGCUGUGGCCUCCUUUGCAGGCAAUUUGUCAUGCUGUUUCCCUCCUCCAGCUGCCCCCUGUCAUGCUGAAGAUGCAAGGCUUUCCCACGCCAACCAGCACUACAGUCCGCAUCUUUUCCCUUCUAGCAUGACAAAGCUGAUUUGUGGCCACAAAUCUGCAUCACAAAUUUCUAGUUUAGGUAUGGGGUGGGGGGAUUUUUCGCUUUGAUAGAAGCUGUCCGCCGUCACGGCGCUCACCUUCGCACCGUUUCUCAAGCAGUACUCUCCCGAGGGCAAUCCGGGAUGGAUGCCCAAGAAUAAAUAGAAGAAAACUAUUACCUGAGUAGAUGAUGCGAGGGUACUGACUUCUAUAUGAGCUGAAUUUUUCUCGUGGUGUUGAAUUUUCGACCACGCGGGAGGCUCAUGAUUCAAACCACAAUUUAUCACUGUGAUGCCCUUGUGAAGGUGGGGAUUUCGAUAUGGUCCACAGUAAUACUUUAAUUCAAUUGACGAUCAUCACGGGAAGAGGUACUACUUAUGUUUGAGCGCAGCUACCAGUUUCUCUAAGCCUCAGGAGUAGGCUGGUGGUUUGCAAACGGGAAAAAAAAAUACGGGGCAAAAACAUGUUUCAAAACGAGUAGCAAACGUAGAAAGGGAUAAGCGUGACUAACAUGCAUUUUCGAUACGUGGUUAUUUGUACCCCUCACUUGCUAAAUCGAUUUUACUACGUCGCAUAACAUAAUUUCUGUACUAAAAAGUAUGCUGCUGUUGGAGAGACGGAUACAGUAGUAGGACCUCAUGUUUUCAAAUGUACAUCAAUUUUUAUUUGCUGUUUUAUUUCCAAUCUGUAUGAACUGUUCAAAUUGUAUCUAAAUCUAUACAAAACACUUGUAGACGAAGUUUCGCGUGCAUUCAACUCCGCUGCUCUUCCAAGAAACUUCUGUACUAAUGCGGAGUGAGAUUUUUGUAACUCAUGCUUCAAAUCUAGCGAUAGCAUAAGACAAAAUUUUGUGUACAUUGUAACCAUUUCAGCCUUUCAGAUUUCCACAUUUUGAGCAACAACCGUACCGCAUGAUGCAGACGAGUGAUGCAAUUUUAAGCGCAAAAAUGCUACCAAGCCUCAUGGGGCGAAGGAAGCGAAAGCCUCUUCUUUCCUAUGGCCGAGUAGAGCAGAAGGGCAGCAUCAUACGCGGAAACAAAAAGAAAAACUCGUGCACAGGUUUUUGUAAUUUUCGCAGAAAUGUGCUGAAAAGAAAAUGGUUUCAGGAAUAAACAAGAUAAAAAGCAAGAAAAAGGGCAAGGGGAAAUUGGCCCGCAGCUUUUUGAUGCUGG